GUUUACAUUCUGGGAGUCGCGUUCAUUGUGAGGAGCCAUUACCCUCGUCCGCGCUAGCAUCGUGCCAUAUUCCCACACGCGCGCUAAAAGUAACAACAUUUUUGUAGUUUUAAGUGUAAUAUUAUGAGAGUGAAAUCCGAAAUGGACGACGAUGAAAAGGGGAUGAGGGGGGACGAGCGCCCUGGGCGGCACAACUCCCAGUCAAACUCCGAUGCAAGCGAAAAAUUAUUCGUUGGUGGUCUUUCUUGGGAGACAACACAGGAUAACCUUCAGCGUUACUUUAGCGGCCGUUAUGGCGAGGUCAUUGACUGCGUCGUUAUGAAAAACAGCGAGUCCGGCCGCAGUCGUGGCUUUGGAUUUGUCACGUUUAGUGACCCUGCUAAUGUUGCCCUCGUGCUUCAGAAUGGGCCACAUCAACUGGACGGGCGCACGAUUGACCCCAAGCCAUGCAAUCCACGUACUCUGCAAAAGCCUAAGCGCAGCGGCGGUUUCCCGAAGGUUUUCAUGGGUGGACUGCCGAGUAACCUAACUGAAACUGAUCUAAGGACAUUUUUCAAUCGUUUUGGUAAAGUCAUGGAAGUGGUCAUCAUGUACGAUCAGGAGAAGAAGAAGUCCAGAGGGUUUGGCUUUCUCAGCUUUGAGGACGAAGACGCAGUGGAGCGAUGUGUCACCGAGCAUUACGUCAACUUGCAUGGAAAACAGGUUGAGAUAAAGCGGGCAGAGCCUCGUGAUUCUUCGAGUAAAAUGAACGAAAGUCAUCAGGGUCAAUGGGGACCCCCGCAACAAGGUGGCCCGCCAAUGGGUAUGGCUGGUAAUAUGGGGCCGAUGGGUGGCCCCAGUGGGCAAAUGGGAGGUCCGAUGAUGGGAGGUCCGAUGGGACCGCCUGGAAAUAUGAUGCAACAGUAUCAGGGAUGGGGUACAAGUCCCCAAACUGGCGGAUACGCGGGUUAUAGCACCCAAUACAAUGCCCAGGGUUGGGGUGCUCCGCCAGGGCCUCCUCAGCAGCAACAAAUUCCACCACCGCCACCCCACCAGUGGGGAAGUAACUACAACGUUCAACCAACUGCUGCGACUCAAGGCUACGGAAGCUAUGGUGGGCCAGCGGCACCCGCUUCAGGGGGCUACGGGCCGGCUGCGGGAACGGGGGGGGCUGCGGGGGGAGGGCCCGGGGGCUCCUGGAACUCCUGGAACAUGCCACAAAACGGGCCACCCCCCGGUACACAGCCCCCGCCCCAACCCCCUCAGCCCAACUCCUCGCAGCCCAACUCCAACUCGAACCCCUCUGGCCCGCAGGGUGAUAUGUAUUCGAGGCAAACAACUGGUUCUGGGGCUCCAGGUUCGAGCAGCAGCUCUGCUAAGACUCCGGACUACAGUGGGUAUUCCGGAUAUGGGAGUUAUGCGGAAACUAGUUAUCCCCAGCGAUCUUACCAGGGUGGAGAAAGCAACCAAGUAUCAUGCCUCCAACGCGCGAAGGUAUGGAGAAGAUAAAAAUGGAUAUAGAAAGCAAAAUUGCUUAUAUAGCAAUUUACGAUGAGGUUACAAAUUGCGAGAAAGAAGAACCAGAUAAGUGACGCCGAUGACUAUGACGGCGUCAAUUAUUCGCGUUGAUUGAUCGAAGCACUCAAGAACGAGGGUCAAAGAAUGUUUAUUCGGUUUACUUCUUUUUUCAUUUUUAUUUGGGAUUUAGCCAUCUUAUCAACUUUUUUCGCUUGAAAAGUUUUGUUGUACAGAUACUGACGGUAUAAUGUUAUUUUUUAGUAACAUUUCAAUAGGUGAAAUUUAAAAUGCCGUAGGUACUCCGGAAAUGUAUAAAAGAAAAAAAAAAUAAUUAAACAGUCGUUACCUAAUUUUAGUGUCGCAAAGAAAGAGCAGAAAAAAAUAAUGAAAAAUGAAAAUCACUGAAAUAUGAAACCAAAUAAAAUGACGCAGAAAUAAUGAUAAUUGCAAUGAUAAACGCAGCUCAUAGAUUGUAACUCGAUGCUCAGACGAAAGGAAAAAACAAUCCUUGACUAGUGCCCUAAGUUGUACAGCGAUUAGAAACGAAAUAGAGAAAGAGCGCGCGCGAUAUGAAGAUAGAGAGAAAAAGCAAAGAAGAAAUAAAGUUGAGUAAUUAACGAAAAAAUGUUCCAAUAAUUAUAGCCGUAAUUAAUUAAUUAUACUGUCUAACUAAAUGAUGCAAGAUAUUUGAAUAUAAUUAUUUAAAUAGUAGAUCCUCCUCUCUAACUGUAGUUGAAAAUGAUAAAUAAUAAUACACAAGUUGUUCAUGUCCUGUUGUAAUAUGCUACAAUUUAAAAUAAUAAUCACAGUGUUAGGUACAUUGUAAAGGUAUCCUAAUAACUGAAUACUGCAUUACUGCAAAACUAUUAUAAUUAUUAUUAAACAAAACAUAAUAUACUUAACGGUGUUUCUAGUGGAUUAAUUAAGAAUAAUAUAAUAUAAAAUAUAAAUAAUAAAUGAAAAUGAAAAAAGAAAAAACGAAUCUUAUUCAUGAAAUACAUUGGUAUAGUUACAAAUUAUUAAAUAA